AAUCUCCUGCAACUUUUUGUGCUUACCCCCCUGCUUUUCCGGAAAAUACCGAAGCGGGCCAAAUACAAGGGCUUUAUUUCCUAUUUUUUUAUUACGUUUCUGCCUAGUGCCUAUCUAUUCUCUCUCUACUUGCGCGCUACGUGAAAUUUACGCUGCGGACCUUCCCAAGAAAAAACAUUUGCAGAUGUACCCAUGCUGGGGGUCUUCUUCUAAAUUCUCACUGUAAGUUCUUCUCGGUAACGGGAGCUCUGAGGAGAUGGAGAGGAGGCAGGGAUUCUUCUCGGCGCUGCGAGAGUUUUCGCCGGCGAGGUUGAGGUCAAAAAACACGACAAUGCCGCGGCGGAGGAACUGGACGGAGCCGCCUCCGGUGGCGAGAUCUGGUGGUGAAGCACUUGCGCCGCUCUUGGAAGGGCCGGAUCCCGGUGAUGGCGGAGGUGGGGAGUGCAAGAAGGAUGGGUGGGGCGAGUGGGUAUGGGCGCAGCUUGCGAGAGCGCCGGCGGUGGCCGGAGGCCACCGUCGGUCGGACCUCCGGCUGCUGCUCGGCGUCAUGGGGGCGCCUCUCGCGCCGGUUCACGUCUGUGCCGGCGAGCCUCUCCCUCAUUUGAGCAUCAAGGAUACACCCAUAGAAACUUCUUCUGCUCAAUAUAUACUGCAGCAGUACACUGCAGCUUCUGGUGGUAUUAAGCUUCUGAGCACAAUUCAUAAUUCUUAUGCCAUGGGGAAGAUGAGGAUGGUGGCAUCUGAGUUUGAGACUGCGACCAAGGUGAUGAAGAAUCGAAAUUCUUCAAGAGAUGCUGAGUCUGGUAGCUUUGUGCUGUGGCAGAUGGCUCCUGAGAUGUGGUAUGUUGAGCUUGCGGUUGGUGCCAGCAAGAUCCAUGCUGGCUGCAAUGGAAAGACAGUUUGGCGACACACCCCUUGGCUUGGUGCUCAUGCUGCCAAGGGCCCUGUUCGCCCUCUUCGUCGAGCACUUCAAGGUCUUGAUCCGCUGACAACCGCAAACAUGUUUGCGAAUGCGCAGUGUAUUGGAGAGAAGAAAGUUAAUGGAGAGGAUUGCUUCAUUCUUAAGCUUUGUGCUGAUCCACUGACUUUGAAAGCUAGGAGCGAGGGACCUGCAGAGAUUAUAAGGCAUGUAAUGUUUGGAUAUUUUAGCCAGAAAACUGGGCUUCUUAUCCACAUGGAGGAUUCGCACCUCACACGGAUCCAAUCAAGUUCUGGAGGUGAGGCAGUGUACUGGGAGACCACCAUUACUUCCCUUCUCGACGACUACCGACCUGUUGAGGGUGUUAUGGUUGCCCAUUCAGGCCACUCUGUUGUCACUCUUUUCAAGUUUGGCGAAGCGGCCAUGAGUCACACCAAGACCAGGAUGGAGGAAGCAUGGACCAUUGAAGAGGUGGCAUUCAAUGUUCCUGGUCUUUCCAUGGAUUGCUUCAUUCCUCCUUCAGAUCUGAAGUGCAGCUCAGUCAGUGAAAACCCUGAACUUGCUCAAACGCAGAGGGGGAAGAAUGCUAUGCCAAACUCUGAUCGAGCAAAGGCCUCAGCUUUCGAGAGGCAAUAACCUAACAUAACUAACCAGCUUUCAUGGAACCUGCAAGUGUGAUGCAGCUAUGGGUAAUUAGGACAGGUAUUUCACCAAAUUGUUUAUAUUCCUAGUUUCUUAUUUUACUAACUUGGAAUGAUAAAUAGGUUAGUUAAAAUUCAAAAUUGAUUCCAGAUGGAUUGGAGUUGUUUUGAAUCCUUCUGGUUUGUUAGCAUUCUACCAUCCUCUUGAUUCAGUCCCAGGUGGCAAAAAAAAUGAAAAAGUUUUGCUGCCAGAUUGAAACAGCUCAAAUUGCUUAUUAAGAUUUGAGCUUUCAGUUCUAUUUUUGUCAUUUUGAUUGAAUUUACAUCUCCCUUAGUAUGCAGUUCUUAGGUAAGUGUUGAUAGGUUUUUUAUUCAAAGUUGUGGUUUAGGAGUUGCCAAAUCAACCAGACUUUGGAUUUAAUGUGAUCUGGUUGUGGUGUGUGGAUUAAUUACUAUGUUGCUGUAGUUCUUGUAAAAGAAACUCAAAUUUUUAUGAGAUUAAUGAAUGGGCUACAAGUGUUUCAAUUGAA